AUUUGGUGGUGGUGGUUGUAAAAAAACGAAGUUCAGAGGGAAGAUGUGGACGCUGUAGAGAUUCACUCAAAGGUGGACAGUUGGUCUUUAUGUAUGCUAUCUCCGUCUUUCCGGCAGCAUCUGUUCAGCAGCGGGCUGUUUUUUUGGUUCCUGAGCUCGGAGACAGAGACGGAGCAGAAGAAGCGUGAGGAGCGGAGUGAGUCGUGUCAGUACGAGGACAACAACAUCUGGCUCAAACUGGAACUGUGCCUGUGAAAGGAGUUAUUAAUAAGCUGUGUUUUGAAGAUGUGCACUCCUCACUGUGUAUCUCAGCUGGCUUGCUGCUGCGGUUCAGCGGCCUGCUCGCUGUGCUGCAGCUGUUGUCCCAAGAUCAAACAGUCCACAGGGACGCGCUUCAUGUACGCUCUUUACUUCAUGCUGGUCACCGUCAUCUGCGUCAUCAUGAUGUCACCCACCAUGGAGACUGAAAUAAGGAAACAUGUUCCACUGUACGAGGAUAUAUGCAAAACGCUGAGUGCGGGAGAAAACUGCAGUGCCCUAGUGGGCUACUCCGCCGUGUACAAAGUCUGCUUUGGCAUGGCCUGCUUCUUCUUCUUCUUCUCCGUGUUCACUUUACGAGUGCGAACCAGCACAGGGUGCCGGGCGGCCAUCCACAACGGAUUCUGGUUCUUCAAGUUUGUGGCUUUGCUGGCCUGCUGUGCAGGAGGCUUCUUUCUACCAGAUGAAGAAACUUUUCUUGAAGUGUGGCGUUAUGUGGGGGCUGCCGGGGGUUUCCUCUUCCUCCUCAUUCAGCUCAUGUUGCUGGUCGAGUUUGCUCACAGAUUGAAUCAGAACUGGACAUCAGGAGCAGAGUAUAAUAAGCUGUGGUACGCAGCUCUGGCCUUUGUUACUCUAGUACUGUUCUCCAUGGCUGUAGGAGCCGUGGUGUUCAUGGCCAUGUUCUACACACAUUCCGAGGCCUGCUUUCUCAACAAGAUCUUCCUGGGAGUGAACUCUGGUCUCUGCAUUGUCGUCUCACUGCUGGCCAUCUCACCCUGCGUUCAGACAUUCCAGCCCACCUCAGGCCUGCUCCAGCCUGCCAUUAUCAGCGUCUAUGUCAUGUACCUCACCUUCUCUGCACUGGCCAGCAAACCCGUUGAGAAGGUGGAGCAAAAUGGAAUGAAUGUUACAGUCUGCAUCUUUCCCUACAGCUCCAACUCAGAGAGUGACCGCAAGAUAGUGAAGGGUGUGGGAACAACAAUUUUGUUCUGCUGUGUGCUUUACUCCUGUUUGACCUCCACCACAAAGAGAAGCUCUGCAGCUUUGCGAGUGUACCGAAAUUCUGUGCCUGAAAAUGAGAGAGCACGCUGCUGCUUCUGUUGCAAUGACAGUGGAGACGACUAUGACGAUGAGGAGAAGACUUCAGGAGGGCAGAACGUUAUUUAUGAUGAGAGAGAGGGCACCGUCUACAGCUACGCCUACUUCCACUUUGUCUUCUUCCUUGGCUCUCUCUACGUCAUGAUGACCUCCACAAACUGGUUCCACUAUGAGGACGCUAAGAUCGAGAGGCUGUUGGAAGGGAGCUGGUCCAUUUUCUGGAUCAAGAUGGCAUCUUGCUGGGUGUGUCUCGCUCUCUACAUGUGGACCCUGGUGGCCCCUGUGCUCUUCCCAAAGAGGUUUGAAGCAUAAAAGCAAUCUCCAAAUACGUCCUACCACCACUGUUCACAAAAAAACAAACAUUUUGCAGACUGUUUUCUGUUACCAGCUUUUUUUUUACAUUUCUGUUUUUAUUUGUACUAGUUCUAAAGUUAUACAAUGCCUUAAAGGCAUUAUUUUCUAGACAAACUUCUGGAGAUUUGUUACAGAUGUGGGUUUUUUUAUUCCAUUUUGCCAAUUCAGGAGGGUGUUUCUUUUUGUAAGAAAAAAAAACAUGACGGUAUGAAAACAAGCCAUUGCUCAGGCUCGCAUCACCUGUAAGUGUCUUCAGUGUUCCAUUUGCAUCCUUUGAUAGAUGAAGAACUCUAUGCAAAUCAACAACAGCUUUUCUGUCUUUCUUAGAUUUUCAUUGUGGUACGUUGUGUUUGUAAACACACCAAAAUAGUAGUUAGCCAUGCAGAAGAUUAUCUCUGAAUGAGUAAGCCACUAUCCUGAGCUGUGUACAAAUGUAGGGGACCAGUUCAUAACUUUCAGCUUAACACAAAGUCCUAAUACAGCUAUUGUAUGUAUGGGAGAGUGGGUUAUUCUGAAGCACUCUCCUCUUAAUCUCAGGCUUGAGAAUAUAAGAGAAAUAUGGAUUUAUGGAGAAUGUUGUGUUUGACAUCAAGAAAGAAAGAUGUUACAAGCCUGUUCACGCAAUUUCCCAAUGAAGUGAGCUGUUCUGCUUAGUGUUUUUGUCAAGUCAAGUGUGGUAUGUUGAGGAAAAGAACUUCAUUUACAUUUGAAAAUGUAAAGCAUAAGUUUACGGACAAAAGUUGUCGUUCUUUUUCACUGGGCUUUUAACUGGCAUGCAAGCUUGUAGCUGCAAAAGGCAAGUGAUAAGUUAGUUUUGGGUGUUUUUUUUUCCUUUUUUUUAAAUUUACAUCCAAAUGGUUUGCAGGCCUGGAUUCUCUAACUUAUUUAAAUAUAGCAGGUUAGUAAUCAUGCCUCUCUCAAGGCUUGCAUAUAUUCAACAAUGUACAUAACUCACGUUUUACUACAAUACAAUUUUUAUACUUAGAACAUUGUUACACUGCUGUGUACUUACCUUUACUGUCUCUAAUUUGUAAGAUUGAGUGUUUUCAGUUGGUAAAAGAAAAUAGAAACUUUGUUCUGUUUCAUUAGUUUAACCAAUGCUUACAGUUUAAAAGUGACAGUACUUCACCCUUUAAUAGUAAUGUAGCAUUUCUAUUAACUGUGUCCACGUUUCUUAUGAUGUUUGUCUGAACCUUUCGUGGAAGAACUCUUGUGAGAUGAAACCUAGAACUGGAAUUUUUUAUGUUUAGGGUUACGUCCUGUGUUUUGUAAAAUUUUGAAAAAAGCUUGCCUCCAUUUUUUGAACAUGUCAGACAUUUGACAGUCAAUAUGUGGAAUAAUAUCUUUUCUGAGGUAAAACGUAAAGUGAUGUGAAAAAGUCUUUACAAGCACCCAAGAACAUUAUUCAAAGACAUUUAUCUUGGCACUAGGUGUGUCUGUUGUGUUUAAACACCAAGUAUUAUUAGAAUAAAUGCUGUUCCAUAUAAGUACAGUAAGAAGUCAACAAGAAUUUGUUUAAAAAAAAAAAACUACAUAGUUUGAAUAGAGUUUUGUUCCAGAUUUCUCCCAAACACCUCUAGACAUUGCAUGAAUAAUA